ACAUCUUCUGCUUCCUUCACGUGAGGAGAGCGACCGUGUCCCGACUUCGACUCUUCUCAGUCUCCAUCAAUCAUCAGGGAGGCCGCAUUGCCAUUUCAGCUGGCUCGCCAACUAUAAAUACGCGAAGAACGCUGCUACCAUUGUCUCUCUUUCUAUCACUCGCCUCCCUUCUCCUAGGGAAAGGAGAGAUCUUUUUGGUAAAAUAUUUACUCUGGUUUCUUCUAUUACAUGCGAGUGCCAUUCUUCGUCUGUUCCUGGCUCGUAUAGCUCGUCUUUCUCUUAUCUAACGAUGGAAACCAGCUUUGGACAGGAAACUACUUAGUGUCAUGGGGGCAUGUGCAUCAAAACCAAAUUAUAGAUCCAGAAGGAGGUGGGGUUCUCACUGGUACAGAAGAUCCCAAGGAAUGAUUUCGGCUUCGAUUCCUGAUUCCACUAAAGCUCAGAUUCGGGGUGAUGAGCAACACUCUGUGGAACUUGAGAACUCUUCUGCAACCUAUGGAAAACCUGAGGUCUCUAAUAUGAUAGUCCAUCUCACUCAGUUGAAUGGUAAUGUGAUGUGCCAGGAAGAUGCAUGGUUUGAUUCUGUCAGUAUCUUGGAAUCUGAUUCUGAUGAUGAUUUCUUAAGUGUCUAUGGAGACUGCAUACCCUCGGCAAAUGCAGCAGGGACUCAGACAUUGCAGUAUGAAACUGCUUCAUGCUUUAUGGAUGCCAUGGCUAAGUUGGAGGAUGCUAAUCCUAGCACUCCAUUGACAAUGCCACCUGAAAAACAUUUCAAAAUAGAAAGUCCAAAUGAUAGGGUUCUGUGCAACUGUGAUCCACAUGGUGGUUCACAUAGAACACAAGGAACAGACAUUUACACCAAAAAUAAAACAAAUUUAAGUGAUUCACAUGGUAGUUUCAAAGGUUCCAAGGAAGUGCAUGAGAUGGAUGACAAAUCUCAUGUCAACAAGGCAUCGUCGCAUAUCUGCAAAUUGGUUCCUUCUGUUUGUUUUAAUAACAGAAUUCAGCAGAUGCCAAAUGGUAGCCCGCCAAGUCAAAAUAAAAGAUCCUCAGUUAUCAAGCUUUCGUAUAAAAGAAAGUCAUAUGAUGGAGAAGACAUUACUGAGUUCUGUGCAUCAAACAAAUUUGUUUAUCGCCCAAAAGGAGGAGCGGUUAUUCCAUGUUCUUCAAGGGAGAAAUCAAUGCUCGGAUGCUGGUCCUACCUUGAACCAUCUACCUUUAAACUUCGUGGGCAAAAUUAUUUCAGAGAUAAGAGGAAGCUUCCUGCACCAAACUAUGCACCAUAUUAUCCAAUCGGUGUAGAUUUGUUUUUAUGUCCACGAAAGAUACAUCAUAUCGCUCAAUAUAUCGACCUUCCAUCUGUUAAGUUACAUGACCAAAUUCCCUCACUCUUGAUUGUCAAUAUUCAGAUGCCUACUUAUCCGGCUGCAAUGUUUCUCGGUGAUAGUGAUGGGGAAGGAAUGAGCCUUGUAAUGUACUUUAAGAUUUCUGAAUGUUUUGACAAAGAAAUUCCUUCUAGUUUCCAGGAUUUGAUAAAGAGGUUUAUUGAUGAUGAAACUGAAAAGGUUAAAGGCUUUGCGAUGGAUUCUAGCAUUCCUUUUCGAGAGAGAUUGAAAAUAGUGUCUGGUGUGGUUAAUCCUGAGGAUCUUUGCCUAAGUGCAGCAGAAAGGAAGCUUGUUCAAGCUUAUAACGAAAAACCAGUGCUCUCGCGCCCUCAGCACAAUUUUUACUUGGGUACGAACUACUUUGAGAUUGAUCUUGAUAUACAUCGGUUUAGCUACAUAUCAAGAAAGGGUCUUGAAGCAUUUCGGGAACGUCUAAAACAUGGAAUCCUUGAUUUGGGCCUCACCAUCCAGGUGCAAAAGCAGGAUGAGCUGCCAGAGCAUGUUCUCUGCUGCUUGAGAUUGCACAAGAUUGAUUUCAUUAAUCAUGGACAGAUACCAACCAUCGUCACACGUGAAGAUGAUUGAUUCAUUCGUCCCCUUGAAGAGACCUUAUGCUAAAGAGCAUAGAACUGAUUGUGUACCAGAGCAGGGCAAACUCAAUGUCUUCUUUACUUUGAAGAGUGCCUGCUGAGGAACUGUAAAUUUGACACUCAUGUAGAGAAAAAAAAAAGGUUGCAAAGCAUUCUAGGAAGCCAUUCCAUGGUCGACUUUAUUUUUAUCCCAUCGUAUCUAUUUUCUUGGACAACAGCUUAAGCAAAAAAACCUUCUCUGACCACGGGUUUGAUGUCUUUUCCUCCCAAAGUUAGAACAAAAAUGUUUUUACCAGACAAAUCAAAGCUUUGACGUUGGCCAUCAUUUUUGUUUUCAUUUCUAUAGAGAUUGAUAAUCAUGGAAGGAUUAGGGUUUCAAUGAAACCACAACACAUGAUAUGAAAAGAAUGUUUUAUGUUACUAUUGGAUUUCGGCAUACAUGUAUCUUUUACAUCAGAAAA